AAGGCCUUUUACUUCCAAUUUCCUUCCUGACGAUUUGACUACACCGGCGAGCAGAUAAAAGAGUAAUGGCCACUGAGGUUACUGAUCGGAAUCUCUCAACUCCGACAUUCUUCGUCGCCGUACACGUCGGUGCUGGAUAUCACUCACCAUCGAAUGAGAAAGCUCUCCGUUCACCAAUGAAACGAGCGUGUCUCGCUGCCGCUUCCGUUCUCCGAAAGGGUGCUGGUGGAUGCAUAGACGCUGUUACAGCAGCAAUUCAAGUAUUGGAGGAUGAUCCAAAUACAAAUGCUGGACGGGGUUCAAAUUUGACAGAGGAUAGUCAUGUGGAGUGUGAUGCUAUUAUUAUGGAUGGUGAUUCUGGAGCAUUUGGUGCUGUAGGUGCAGUGCCAGUUAACCAUUACCAGGUGUCAGAAAUGCCAUUGAGAUUGCUGUUUUGUUGGCCAAGGAACAGAUCUCUGGUUCUUCACUGCUUGGACGAAUAUCUCCAAUUAGAGAGCCAACCAUCUGAUCAAUUGAGGGGAGAUGGAGUGGGUGACCAAAUCUCCUUGCUUGAUGCAUUAUAUGAAGACUUAAUUUCAGACACUGUUGGGGUUAUCUGUCUCGAUUCGAAAGGACAUAUGCCUUGUGGAAGUUCUAGCGGUGGGAUAGCACUGAAGGUAAGUGGGCGUGUAGGUCUAGCAGCAAUGUAUGGUUCCGGUUGUUGGGCAUCGUCAAGGGGACCUUUUGGAGCUCCAUUUAUAGUGGGAUGCUGUGUCAGUGGUGCUGGAGAGUACCUAAUGAAAGGAUUUGCUGCUCGGGAAUGCUGUAUCUCAUCAUCACUGUCUCAAGCUGGUCCAUCUUCUGCCUGUAAAAAGGUUUUGCAAACUAUUCAAGAAAACAGCCAAUGCAGUGUUGACCGAAGUGCUGGAUUCCUUCUAGUUCAAGCAGAUCCUCCAAGACUGGUUGGGGGCAGUUUGGCUAGGCUGGAAGCUGUUGAGAUUGCAGCUGUAUAUUCUUCCUCGUCUUUUGGAAUAGGUUAUUUUGGCAGCUCUAUGGAUAUGCCCAAGGUUUCAGUGCUUAGGAGUAAAAAACAGCAAAAUAAAGCUGGAAUUGAUGAGUUUGCUGCACGAAUUAAUCUCAUCUCCAAGGAACGGUAGUGUUGCAGCAAGAGAACAGGAGUGUCAAUUGGGCCAAAAAGACUUCCCCAUUCCCACUUCAAUGGCAUCAUCAGUUAAUCUAAUUACCCAAGAUACGUCCGAGACCGAUAGACUUGCAGUUGAAGGAACGUUAUAAACGUAGUUGAGCCAAACGGUAUCAGAGAUUCCAAUGAUAAACUAAAAUUGAUUUUGAUAGCUAAGAGAGGAAUAACUCAAGUUUUUCCUUCAUAUGGAAAAGGGUCUCUUUUUGGGAUGAAGAAUUAAUGAGGUUUGCCUCAUUGACACAAAAAGCUUAAACAUUACUUGAUUUGACUUUUGUAAUCUGGUUGUGUGUUGCAAAGAAGAGAGUAAAUUUGCCAAAUAAUGGACAA